UGUAGUGAACAAAGCGUGUCAAUCUAAUAAUGGUCGCGGUGACUGCAGUGCUGUGUGCCUUCCCAAGGGUAGUACAGAGAGGACGUGCAAGUGCAAUACGGGUGAAAAUCUGCAGGAGGAUGGGCGCACGUGUAGCAAUGCAACGACAACACUCACGACAACAACACAAUCGACAACACCGACGACAGAAACAAAACCGACAACAACGAUAACAAAACUCUGCAUGACCAGCGCAAACGCCAUCCCUAACGGUUCACUCAACACAAGCUGCGUCAACCCGAAGGCUGGCCACACGUGCAGUUUCAGUUGUCAUCCGGAAUACACGCAAAUGAACACGACCGUCACGUGUGACAAUGACGCCAAGUGGGACCCCGCUUAUCCGUGUCAAGAUAUUCUAGGUGGCACAGGUUCCCAGGUUGCCUCAGCCGGAGGGUCUUCGGGGACAAAGAUUGGAAUGGGAUUGGGAAGUGCGAUUGCGUUGGUCGUCGUCAUAGCAGGCGCAAUAGCGUUGUUUGUAUUCAUAAAGAGACGAAGGUCUACGGAGGGCUCGUAUUCGAAUGCAUCUUUCCAUAGAGAAGAUGAGAACAUUUCGAUUGAAAACCCUGGCUACAUGACCACAGGGUUUGCUCAAAUGAAUGACCAUGGCAUUGACCCUGCACAAAUGGAUCGUAUGACGUUCGAUCAGUUGCCGACAGUUUUGGUGAAGCAGGACGAGGACGGGUUUGUGAACCAUCUAUAUGGGGCCAACGCUCAACCAGGCGACGACAUACGUCAGCAACCAAAGAAUGAAGAACCUUUCUAAGCAAUCUCGCAUAUUGCUUACGACAAUACCACUCUCACAUAGGCCUGGUGACACACAACAAUUGUUUCAUUUUGUUUUACUUAUUUGA